AUGCCGCGCAGAAAAGCCGCCGACCGUGCGGGCCAGGUGAAGACCCGGUCUCGCAGCGGCUGCCGAGAAUGCCGAGCCAGUCGUGUCAGAUGCGACACGCAAAGGCCGAUCUGUACCCGCUGUCGGGAAAAGGGCUUGCCAUGCUCGACCAACCUCGUCCUGAAAUGGGAAUCCGAGUUUGUCAGUCGAGGGAUGGCCUUUGGGCGCACCGGGGUGUGGAGCAAGAACCGUAGCGAUGCUUCCCCGAAUUCGAACUCGACCUCGACCUCUGCUGGAUCCUCUCCUGCGUCCUCCGUUGAUACCACGCGGCGAUGGUGCUCCUUGCCGGAUGUGGAACCCUGGGCUUUCAUCAACACUGGAUUGGCCUCGUUCAAGGACCCCAGCCAAUUCGACGUUGAGUUGAAUAAGCAACAGGCGCUUCUGUCAUCUGGUAGCGGCCGUUUGAUGGCCGUUCCGGCCCUUUCCUCCCAGACCAAGCUGGGUGAACGCUCCGGCGCAUGGAGCGCUGACUUCGCAAGAGCACCUUCGCUUUUCCCGGGGCUGUUGGGUCUUGGCCAUGGGCAACUCUUUGAUUAUUUUUUCCGUCAAGUCUGCCCUCGUGCGACAGCUAGCCCCUCUUCGGCCUCGCCAUUCGCUUCUGUGGUCCUGCCCUUCAGUACAUCGGCAUCGCCUACUUUGUUUAGGGCCAUUGAAGCACUGUCUGCGUGCCAUUGGGCCCGGCGCGAUCCUAUGUACGGCGCCAUUGGCCUUCGCCUCAAAACAGAGACCCUGCGAGAUCUGCGGCGCCGUUUGACGUCCCAGGAUCUUGCAACAAGCUAUAACGAUCCUGAAAUCCUCCUCAUUAUGAUGAUGCUCUGUCUGUAUGAAAUCCUGGACAAAUGUGACGAGCACUGGACGAUUCAUCUAAAGGGUGCGAGGGACCUGAUUCGCCUACGCCGGGAACAAGUGGACACGCCUUCCGACCCGGUGACUCGCCUUGCGGAGCGGUUCUUUGCCUUUCAAGACGUGAUGGGUCGGACUGCCUGCGGCGAGGCGGUCAAGUUUGGAAGUGAUUACUGGAGGUCCAAUGACAAAUACAUUGACUUGUGGAUGGGAUGCAGCACUGAAUUGGUCGCCAUUCUCUCUUUGAUCACGGAAUUGAGUCGUAUCAGACGGCAAUCUGCGUCCAGCCUCACCGAGUCGGUGUUUCUGGGUCGUGCUGCAUCACUUCAGCGCCAACUAGAACAUCUGGUACAGGAGGUGGAGGAUGGGGAAGAUGAGAUUCUGGCCACUGUGGCCGAGGCCAAGCGAGUUGCCGCUCUACUGUAUCUGCACUGUGCCCUUUAUGGGGCCUCCCCCACCACAUCUUUAGUGGUCGAAUACGUGCAGCAGAUCCUCAGCUCAGUGUGGAGUUUGCUUGAGCAUGACUCCAUGGCUAACGUGAUAUGGCCCAUAUUUGUGGCAGCCGUCGAACUCAACCCGUCUCAGGACGAGCUUUCUCUAAGAUCGCAUGGCCCCGCUGUGUCCGGGCGCUCCCUGAUCCUUCGGGCGUUGGAUGCGAUGGCUGAUUCAAGCAUGUCGAACGUUUCCCGGACUCGCGGUGUCAUCAUCGAAGUCUGGCAGGCUCGCGACCAGGAUCUGCUCAGCUCUGCAAAGCCGGCCGUGAAUGACUGGGACCGAUAUGUGGCUCCAGUCAGUGCAGCCAUGAGCCUAGCUUGA